AUGGCCGAGCCAAACACCAGUAAAAUGCUCUACCGCAGAGUGGGCAAUUCAGGACUCCAUGUCUCCGUGAUAUCAUUAGGAGGAUGGUUGACCUAUGGUAGACAUGUAGAUGAAGAGGGAACAAUGAAGUGCAUGAAACAGGCCUAUGAUCUAGGCAUCAACUUUUUCGACACGGCAGAGAGCUACGCCGCCGGCGAAUCUGAGAUUGCUAUGGGUAAGGUCAUUAAAAAGCUUAAAUGGAAACGCAACGAUCUAGUCAUCAGCACCAAGGUCAAUUUUGGUACCGCCCAUGGAGAUGUAGAGAUUAACAAUUAUGGCUUGUCUCGAAAACAUAUUAUCGAAGGAACAAUGGCUUCCCUCAAACGUCUGGAGCUAGAUUAUGUCGACAUUAUAUUCGCCCACCGUCCCGAUAGACUUACGCCUAUGGAAGAGGUCGUUCGGGCUUUCAACUACCUUAUUGAAAAAGGGCUGGCAUUCUACUGGGGAACUUCUAUGUGGUCAGCAGACGAGAUUGCCGAAGCGACUGGAGUUGCCAAGGCUCUCGGUUUAAUCGGACCCAUAGUUGAACAACCGCUGUACAACGUGAUCGACCGGCAGAAGGUCGAAGGAGAAUAUCAGAGAGUGUUAGCCCGGUGUCGAAUUGGAUUGACCGUUUUUUCGCCCCUGAAGGGCGGUAUCUUGACCGGGAAAUACAACGAGGCGGCGGCAGAGCCUCCCAAGGGCACCCGAAUUGCGGUCAGCACUGAUAAAGAUACCACAUCUGUUAGGAAAGGCUACGGGAACGAGGCUUGGAAUGCGAACAUCCAGAAAGUGGCCAAGCUCAAGACAAUCGCCGACCGACUUGGGUGCAAAGUAUCAGCAUUUGCCCUGGCCUGGUGCUUGAAGAAUGACAACGUGUGUUCUGUCAUCACGGGCGCGUCGAGACCGGAGCAGGUGGUCGAGAACGUCGAGAGCCUGAAGGUGCUUCCGAAGCUCACUCCUGAAAUAUUGGCCGAAGUCGACGAGAUGUUGGGUAACAAACCUCAACUGGAUCCCGCCAGAGUUAUGUGCUGGCCCCUUUCACUCUCUGAGAAAUGUCGUAUUCAUAAUUGUGCCCUUGGUACGAUUACCAACGCUCCAAGCUUCGUUGAGGCUAGUUCGGAGCACGGCGCCGCUGGUGUAGAGUGCUCCUUUGAGCUUGGAGAGGACACCACAUCUCCUUCUUCCCUUUCCAAACCUUCGUGUUUUGUCCAUGAUAUCACAAUAUGUCUUCCUAUACCCCUGGGGAUAAAGGGCACCGCGGUGCCCAGCCUUACAAUCAGUCAAGUCGCCGCAACGGGUGGAAUGGCCGCAUGUAUGAUGACAGAACGUCUCGCUCCCACUCCCGCUCCUGCUCCCCACCACAUGUUGUCCCACGAUCCAGGGACCGUAGACACGGCUCACCAGGCGGUACACGCUCUCCUCCGCAUGACAUUUCUCGGACUCCGCCUCGUGGUCCAGCGGCAGAUAGGAGGCAUCCCGGCCGGGAUGACGAAAUUCCAAUGGCUAGGGAUUACCGACCUAGAGAGCGAGACAAGCACCGACGCCCCUCUUGGUCCCCUCCACGGCACCGUGGAAGGCCGUCAUAUAGAGAUCGUGACCGUGAGGGAUACCGCUCUCCUGGAUAUGACAGUCGCAGUAGAAGCCGCAGCAAAAGUCGGAGUCGAUCCAGAAGCCGCAGCCAACGUGGGCCCCGACGUCCUUACUACGGUCAAGAAAGCCGAUGUUCGCGUCAUCCGCGAUCGCCAAACGACCUAUAGUCGAGAAAGAGAAGACCGCAAUCGAAUCAAAGCUGAAGGAGAGUGGACAUGCAAGAUGUCAAUUACGCGACCAGACAACGCUGUUUCAGAUGCCAAGCAGUUCGAGCAGGUAUGUCUAUUGAAGUGUCGAGUUUCACAAGGUCUACGGCUGACAGAUGAAGACUUUGUUCAACUUCCUCCUGGGGUAGCCAACCCUCCACGUGUUGCGAAUCAUGGUGACAACGAUGUAGCUCCCGACGGAUCCCCUUCCCAGUUUAUUCUUCUUCGAGGCCUAGAGGCGUCCGUUACCGAGGAACUUCUUGCUAAAGGCGUAACAAAACUCUACAAACCAUCGUCUGGGUCAGAUGGUUACAAUGCACCUCCUGCUGCAAAAAAAGGAGCAAAGGUCGCCUCUACAACGGGAGAUGCCAAUAUAGGGGCACGCGAGGGCUCAAUACGGCGUGUGUUGCUCAUACGAGAUCGCCGAAGUAACGAAAGUUGGAAGUAUGGUUUUGCGGAGUUUGCAACAGUAGAAGAUGCCCAAGCCGCUCUUACUAGAUAUAACUCUUUCGAAACAUUCACAAUUUCCUCGAAACCUGUUUUAGCUAGUUACAUCCACGCUGGCGUCUUCGUUCCCGUCAUAAACCCUACAGCCAGCACCGAUCGGUUUACCUUCAGCCCACUUGGCAACCCUUCCAUGAAAUUAGCAUACUGGGACGAGAAUGCUUAUGCAACGGAGUUAGUAGUGUCGACGGAAGAUCCAGAUAGGAACCGUUCUAAAUCUCGAGCGACAAAAUCCACACCGACUGACAAGAAUCCCAAACCCGUCAAGGAGGCUGAGAAGACGAAGAAGAGAAAAGCGGAUGCUGGAGGAAUCCCUAGCACAAAGAAGCUUGCCGUUCCGAGUCAUUUACAGUUUUGGAGCGACCGCCACGCCGAACUACAUGGUAUUCAGCGUGAGGAAGCAAAAGAAGGAAGCUCGGGCAGCGAACAUAAACAGGGUGUCAGUGAAGAAGGUGGUUCAUCUUCUGUUUCUCCUGCACCAACACAGUCUUACGCGGAUUUUAACCGUAAAUGUUGUUAUCUGUGCAUGCGCCAGUUUAAAACAGAAGCGGAAGUGAACAAACACGAAAGACUCAGUCAGCUUCAUCGUGAGAACAUGCAAAAUGAAGAGCUCAAGACCAGAGCUUUGGCGAAACUAGCGAAGAAACGGGACCAGGCCGAACAACAGCUCUCUUCAGAGUAUCGAGACCGGGCGAAGGAACGACGUCAAGCAUUCGGGGCAUCGGUGAAAUCGAAGGAGAAGAAAGUGGAAAAGGAAAUUGAGGAAACAGCACCAGUCCCUCUCAUGUCGAAGGGCGCAGCCCUUCUCGGCAAAAUGGGCUGGUCUGCUGGUUCAGGACUUGGCGCGGAAGGGUCUGGGAUGACAGCUCCCAUCGCUACUGAUCUGUAUGUCCAAGGCGUUGGGCUGGGUGCUCAGGGAGGCAAGCUUGGCGAUGCAGUUCGGGAAGCCGGAAUGAAUACAAGGGGUAGGUAUGAUGAUUUCCUCGAGAAAACGAAGGAGACUGCACGUGAGCGGUACGAGAGGAUGUCGAAGGAGGGUUAGGCGGUGGUAUCGUGUGCACAUUUCUUCCUUGUAUUACUACUCCAUAGAAACCUGUUAUAUUUUUCUUG